GUCGUUUCUACGUUUUGCUUUCCAGCCAUCUGAAAAUUCUGUACUCUUUCGAGAGGAAGAGAAGAGAGAGGGCUGUGGAAAUUCCAGAGAUCGUAUAGAUCAGCGAAGCAGAGGUGCUUAGAAUUCGAAGAGAAGAUAUACAGAGAAAGAAAGAGGGAGGAGUGCAAGAGAAAGAUGUUGCCUACAACGUCGAGAGGGCGGUCGUCGUCCUCCACAUCUCGUACGAACCCCAUGUUCAUUCAGUACCUUCGAAGAAUAAUCAAGUGGCAACAAAUGGACAUUGAAUAUACUUUUUGGCAAAUGCUUCACCUAUGCACCUCACCAAAAGUUGUCUAUCAGCACACCAAGUACCACAAGCAAACUAAGAAUCAAUGGGCUCGUGACGACCCUGCUUUUGUUGUAAUCUGCAGCCUUCUACUUGCAGUUGCAACUAUGGCUUAUUGUGCUGCGUACGACCAUAGUGCUGCACAUGCUGUUUUUGUAGUUAUUUCCGUUUUGCUUUUUCAGUUUUUGUUCAUCGGAAUGCUUCUGGCUACAUUUUGUUGGUUUUUGACUAAUUCUUACCUUCGUGAAGAGGCACCGAAUAGUCAUGUUGUUGAGCAACGUGUUGAAUGGAUGUACGCAUUUGACGUGCACUGCAACUCUUUCUUCCCGAUGUUUGUUAUGCUUUACGUGAUCCAUUAUUUUCUAUCACCAAUUUUGGUAGCUCAUGGUUUCAUUCCUGUGUUGCUAUCAAAUUUGCUAUUCAUGGUGGCAAUUUCAUACUAUCAUUACCUCAACUUUUUAGGUUAUGAUGUACUGCCCUUUCUGGAGAGGACGACUUUCUUCCUAUAUCCAAUCAGUGUUGUCAUUGUCCUCUCUCCGAUCUUGAUUUUGAGUGGCUUCAAUCCUUCAAGAUACUUUAUGAAUAUGUACUUUAGUCAACGAGUACAGAUUUAAUUGAGGCAAACAUUUAAGACAGCACAUACGUUAAGUUUGGGUACUAAUUCAGAGGCCACACAACUUGAGAAGACAUCGGCGGAUUCUUGAUUGCUUCUAUGAUAUGAUUACUAGCAGGAGGUCACAUAGGGAAAAGCUUUUGUGGCAUUCUUUGUAGGGCAUUUUACCACUGUGAAUGGAAGUUGGAACCAAGGAAGAUAGGGCAUCAAGUGUUUGUUUAGAGAUUCUGAAUAUUGAUCCCAGAGAUGUAUCGAACGCUAUGAUUUGUCUCCAUAUCAAAUCUAUGCUUUGCAUUUACAUACAUAAAUUUUUGAAAAUUUACAGUUGGCUUCUUUUGAAGGUACUGUUCUAAAUUGUACCAAGAUGUUUUGGAGUCAAUUGAAUAGGCCCAGUCACAGCAUACAUCGUCGGUAGGUAGUCCUUCAUUUUCUUUUAUCCUGCCGAGUGUUGUAUUUUUACAUGUAUGGUGAAUAAGCAAUUGGAGAGGGUUGAAACCAGGUUCUAGAAGGCUAGCUCUUUUUGCCACAUUUGUUCAAGAUUUAACUCCGAUGCAGCAGUGUGAAUU